AUGGAGGGGCGCAAUGUGGCUUUCUCCCGCGGUUUCCCUUAUGCUGAUAAGGGUGACCUAAUCUACUCUGUUGCAAAGGUCGAAAAGAAGGUUUCCGACGAUGCGGUAGUCACAGCAGAGCCACAGUGCAGCGAUAACGCCCGUUGGCUGGCCUUCCCCCCCCCCCCCCUCCCCCUCUUGUCGUCAACAGAAUCCCGGAUUUCCAGUGCGUUUUUCGUCCGAUACCGUGGCCAGCCUGGUCUUUUCGGUCUUGUUGACGGUCGGGUGCGUUUGACUCGCCGAGAUCGCACCAUGGACAACGUGAGCACCCUUCAGAACGUUGAUCGUCGUGAUCCCGACCAUCACACUUCACACUACAGAAUCACGCCUUGUCCCGCCGUGAACAUUUGUCGUGAAACAGCCAGGAUGGCCGCACCCGAGCGGUCGGACCCGAAGCUGUCAUAG